AUGGUGGCGGGAGUUGUUGAUCCCUCAAUCGUCUCCCCAUUUUAUUAUAAAGCGCCAAAACCCUUACCCUACCCUCAGACACAGGAAGGAAGCAGAGACAAGAGAAGAGAAAUGGCGACUCUGAGCUCUGCCAAGAAGUCGUACGAGUACGCCAAGGCAGAAGGGACCCGUCUUCAGGAGGCUCAGUGGGCAAACGUGAUCGGAAACAUGUUGAAGAAGAGUGGGAAGUACGCAGAGGCCCUCAAGUGGCUAAACAUCGACUACGAUCUUUCCAUCAAGUACUUGUCCCAAAGCCACUGCCUCCCCGCCUGUCAGUCACUUGGCGAGCUCUAUCUUUGCCUUGAAGUUUUCCAACAUGCUCUUCUUUUUCAGAAAAAACAUUUACAGCUUGCUGAGGAUGCCAAUGAUCUUGUCGAGCAGCAAAGAGCAAAUACCCAACUAGGCCGAACCUACCAUGAAAUGUUUUUAAGAUCCGAGGAUGACCACUUCUCUGUUCAAAAUGCCCGAAAGUAUUUCAAAGCUGCAAUGAAGCUUGCACACAUUAUUAAGGAAAGCCCACCUACUAAUAAUUUCUUCCUAGAGGAAUACAUUGACGCUCAUAACAAUAUAGGAAUGCUUGAGUUUGAUCUUGAUAAUCUGGAAGAGGCUCGGAAAAUAUUGACUAAAGGGUUGGAGAUUUGCGAUGAACGAGGGGUAGUGGAGGAUGAUGAUGGGCGCAGCAGGCUCCAUCACAAUCUUGGAAAUGUUUACAUGAAGCUGAGGAUGUGGGAUAGUGCUCGAGAACACAUUGAUAAGGACAUUUUGAUAUGUCAAAGAACUGAACAUCGUCAAGGGGAAGCAAAGGGGUACAUCAAUCUUGGUGAAUUGCAUUAUCGUGUUCAGAACUAUCAGGAGGCACUCCGAUGCUACCAAAAAGCUCUUGACCUGACAAAUCUAAUGGAAGGUGAGGAUCCUCUUCUCAAGCAAAUUCAUCAAAAUAUUGGAACUGUAAAAAAAGCCGCUGAAGUAAUGAACGAGUUGCAAAAAGAAGAGCAGAAUCUCAAAAAGCUAACAGAAGACAAAGAAGAUGCAAGAGGCAGACCACGUGAGAGGCAUUGUCUGCCGCAGAUAAUUGCCUCUCUUGACUGUCUCAUUGAGAAGUCAAGGACGACCAUUGCCUGGGCAAAGCUUUGUGAGUUUGCAAGCAUGAAGAAGAUAAUAUCAAGUGAACUUCACGACAAACAAAAGCUCAUUGAUUCAUUUUUGGUUAUUGGAGAAUCAUACGAGAACUUAAGAGAAUUCGACAAAGCCUUGGACUGGUAUACGAGGAGUUGGAAAGAGUACCAGUUCAUUGGUGACUUUGAGGGGCAGGCAUUAGCGAAAGUUAAUAUAGGUAAUGUUUUGGACCACACUAACAACUGGCAAGGAGCAUUAGACGCAUUCAAAGAAAGCUACAAGCUUGCUGUUAGGGCUAACCUUCCUUCUAUACAGCUCACUGCUCUAGAGAAUAUGCACUACAGCUACAUGAUCAGAUUUGACAAAGCUGAAGAGGCCAGGAGAGUGAAGCUUCUAGUUGAGGAAUUGAAACAACAAAGAAAUAAAGAGUUUCAUACAGAAAAUGUUCCAGAGGAUUUGUGUUCCAGUUCUAACAGUCGUUCUAAAUGUGCUACCCUUGUCUCUGAAAAUAUAGUGCAUAGGAAUGCUGUUUCCCGUCCCAUUUUUCUUUCUUCUGCUGAUAAACACAAUCAACAGUGUCAAGUUGUUUCAUUUAAGAUCGACAAAGACGUAAUACAUUACCCAAUGAAGGCUACUGGGAAGUUAAGCAUUGAGUCUAUGAAGGUUGAACUAGCAUGCUUAUAUUACUUGGGACUUCCUGUGGAAAGAAGAUCAGACGGAAUUCUUCCAAUAAUUAAGGUCAUAAAGCUUGGUGGACGAGUUAUCGAAUCCCUAGAAACACUUGAAGCAACGGUUUCAGAGCAUAUGGGACAAGUCUUGUUUGAUGCUUGCAUUGGUGGAUGGAAUCAGAAGCGCUUGAUAAAACUAUACACCGAUUGCUGCAACACGUUAUGUGAGACGCCCAAUAUGAAAGUGCUUAUGAAACUAUACGAUCAGGAGGUAAAUGCUGACGUUGCUGUGUCUGGAUGUGGUUUGCAAGAUUUUUCAAUAACUCCAUUGUUGAAUGCCUUAGAUGCCUAUAAAGACUUUGCAAUGCUAGACCUUUCUCACAAUUUGUUAGGAAAUAGUACGAUGGAGAAGCUGCAGAAAGUAUUACCAGGCUAUACAUCUUAUGGGUUAAGGUUGGAUAUACACUGCAACCUAUUUGGUCCAACUGCUUUGCUCCAGAUAUGUGAAUGCCCUGUGCUCGUUGCUCGAUUGGAAGUGCUAAAUAUAUCCGAGAACCCUCUCACUGAUGCAUGCGCAUCUUAUCUUUUAGAUGUCUUGGAAAAGUGCAAGACCCUUUACAGCUUGAGUAUGGAGCGCUGCUGUAUCACAUCUAGAACAGUUCUUAUGGUUGCUGAUGCAUUAAACGCUGGAUCUCCACUUGACCAACUUUGUAUAGGAUAUAACGACAUUGAUGACAAUGCCCUUGCUUGUUUACUUGUCAAGCUUGGCUCUCUGAAAAGAUUUUCACGUUUGAAUCUGAACGGUUUGGAGCUAAACAAGCGUGCAGUUGAUAGCCUUUGCGGCCUUGCUUCGACCUUGCCCUUGUUCGAACUAAUGCUUCGGGAAACUGGUAUUGGAAUGGAUGGAGCGUCAUUAGUAACCAAUUCAUUGUUCAUCAGGACUGAGGAGAUUUUCAAACUUGACUUAUCGUAUUGUGGACUGACGUCUAAUUAUGCUCUGAAAAUUAGCACUAAUUCUUGUAUGAUUUGUGGCAUUUACGAGCUGAACCUUUCAGGAAAUCCUAUCAAGGAAGAGGGUAGCAAAGCGUUAUCGUCGAUGCUUUUGAAUUCCAAAUGUUGUCUGCAAGUUUUGGUCCUUGAGAAGUGCGAGCUUGGAGUUGCUGGGUUUCUUCAAAUAAUCCAGGCAGUAUCAGGUUCCCACACUAAUCCUCUUGGCUUUCAGUUGUCAAUACCAUUACUAGUCCAAUGA